UAGAAAAUUUCAAAAAAAAGAAGGAAAAGCUCCAGUACCAGCCUGAGACGCUGAUGGCAUCGCUGUGAACGACCCCGCCCCCAGCCUGAGAUUCCGCUAGUGUAGCAGCCCAGCACACACACACUAGUGCAAGCAGCUCGAGCUUGAGCUCCACCUCGCCAUCGCCGGCGACUUCUCCUGUCCUGACCGGCCGGAGCUCCGAUCUUGGCGGUGACCAAGAGACCUGACGAGACGAUGUCCGCCGCCGCCGCCGCCGCCGCAUCCUCCCCCGCUCCCCGGUUGGAAAGCAAGGUUGCGCUGGUUACCGGUGGUGCUUCAGGUAUUGGUGAAGCAAUUGUUCGCCUCUUUAGAGAGCAUGGUGCAAAGGUAUGUAUUGCAGAUAUCCAAGAUGAAGCAGGUCAGAAGCUCCGGGACUCCCUUGGAGGUGACCAAGAUGUCUUAUUUGUCCACUGCGAUGUUUCGGUGGAAGAGGAUGUAGCCCGAGCGGUCGAUGCAACAGCUGAAAAGUUUGGUACUCUUGACAUCAUGGUCAACAAUGCUGGCUUUACAGGCCAGAAAAUCACAGAUAUCCGAAACAUCGACUUUUCUGAAGUCAGGAAGGUAAUCGACAUCAAUUUAGUUGGUGUAUUCCACGGGAUGAAACACGCAGCGCGCAUCAUGAUCCCCAAUAAGAAGGGGUCCAUCAUCUCAUUGGGAAGUGUUUCUAGUGUCAUUGGAGGGUUGGGACCUCAUUCAUACACAGCAACCAAGCAUGCUGUGGUGGGUCUAACCAAGAAUGUAGCUGGGGAAUUGGGGAAGCAUGGGAUACGCGUGAACUGCGUAUCUCCCUAUGCAGUGCCCACGGCUCUCUCCAUGCCGUAUCUGCCCCAGGGCGAGCGCAAGGAUGAUGCCCUGAAAGACUUUUUCGCCUUUGUUGGUGGUGAAGCAAACCUGAAAGGUGUGGAUCUGCUACCUAAGGAUGUUGCUCAAGCAGUGCUCUACUUGGCAAGCGAUGAAGCGAGGUACAUCAGCGCGCUCAACCUCAUGGUGGAUGGUGGCUUUACCUCUGUGAAUCACAAUUUGAGAGCAUUUGAAGAUUAACAGAAGUUGUUAGGCACAAUUGGUACUCUAGUUUCAGAUGCUAUGUACCAUUCUGAUUUUAGAACUUUGAUCAAUUACCUAAAGUAAGAAUGUCAAUAAGGAAUGCAAUCUUGUAUCUGUGGUAUUGUAUAGUACUAUGAUUGUAUUGCCGGUGCUUAAGGACAAUCAUUGAUUAUUAUCAGCACUAUUAUGUUACAGUUCUGAAAACUGGUAUGAGUUCAUAUAGCAUCAAUUAUUCAGGUGUGUUAAGUAA